GUCUCACCUGUCCCGUCAAGGAUAUGAGAAGCGUGCCAGGCAUCGCAGCUUCACACCUGUUCACCUGUUCACAGCUCAUCGGACACUACCUCUGCAGAUCAUGGUAGAUGGGUGGACACCUACCGAGCCGUCACAGAGACGCGUGAACUGGCGCUGUGGCCAUAGUUUCGGCAGGUUUCUUCGCCGCCGGUAGAUCGGCGAUCCACAACGUUGCUGGUGCCUAGCCUAUCGACAGUGCCGUGGACAGUGGCGAGUUCAUCGCUGACCCACUUGCACUCCACUCCACACUGCGCGCGCAGCACACCAUCCAUCCGUGAAGAUCCUGAGUGCCGGAGGGUCGGAACGUCAGGUCAAUAAUCAUUGGCAGUAGUCGGCUGGAGCCAGUGCACACAUCACGAGAGCUCAAAAAUCUCCGCUCAUCCCCAAUGACAAUUUUGUGUUUGCCGUGACAGGCAGUUGAGUGCUAGCUGGGUUGGAUCCAGCAGUUGAAGCUAGCUGACAUGACAUGUACCUUCCACGGCGUAUUGACUUCCCAGGUCUGCGGUAGCGCCAGAGAACAGGAACCAUUCGACGAUUGUCUCGCGAUUCAGUGUUUGUUGGGCUAGGGCACGCGGACAGCAGCCAGCCGAGGGUGUGAAUUGUAGCGCGAAUGGAUGAAUGAAGUCUGUGCGAGGUGACUCCUGUGCUGUAGUCCUGAGUCCUGACCUAGGCUGAUAUCGUGCUGAGCCCAGCUAGCUCUUGAAACGUCAACAAAAUCAGUUCUCUGAAAAGCCAGUUCAUAUUAUUUUUGCUUGUGAGAUAGUUUGCUACUGCUAGUGUGUAGUAUACGGUGACGCACCACUGGCAUUUCUACGAGAGUGGGCAGGUGCAGCUGCAGGUAAAGACACCGAGAGACAGAACAACGCGGGAGGAGAAGGUGAGCGACGGCCUUUGCGGUGCUUCUAAGUUUGUUGACAGCGAGUGGCUACCGGUGCUGGAAGCUGGAAGUGGUGGAGGUCUGUUCCCUACCACCAUGGCUCAAUCAAAGUGGCCGGAGUUCUCCAGCAGCAACCAUUCCCUGCGAUGUAUGUUGAUAGGCCUUGCCAUGCUGCUGGCACAUGUUCCACAGACGCAGUGCCAGAAAAUAGUAGCAAGGCCAGAUAUUCCGAGAGCUUUCGUUACCCUAAACAAACACGAGCCGGGUGUAGUAGUCAGCAUCAAUGAAGGCGGCCGUGCUGAGUUUGAAUGCACUGCCCUUGUCAACCCCAAACCUAUGUACCACUGGACACUGCAGCCGGAGAACAUGCUCAUACCACCGUACCGUGCCGUCUUCUCGGCGAACCAGCGCCGGGUCAUGGUGUUCGAUAUCAUGGAGAAGACGUGUGUCCGGUGUUUAGCCGUCAGCUCGCUGGGCAAUGCAACAGCCACCCGAUGUGUGGAGGUUCUGAAGAAUUGCUCAACACCAGACCGUGCCAGCUCUCAGACCCAGCGGCAUGGUACAGGAUGGCGUGAACACAGUAGAGGCAACUCAGACAUGUUGGACAAUGCAGACGGCCAGUCGGCAUGCUUCAUCUUUGUUGUGGACGAGAGUCACAAUAGCAUGCAAACAUAUCAUAGGUGGCUUCAAGAGGCCAGCUUGGGACGGCGCCUAGAUGUAGACCUACUGCGGCGUAACGUUGGUGUGUUUCGCCGCACACAGUAUUGCAUUGUCAGUUUCGACAGCGACCAGGAAGGAGGGCAUGUGUGGCAGGUCGGCGCCAGGGAGAGCUGCGGUACCGCCGAUGAGUUUGACCAAGCCGUCGACGGCCUGAAGGCCAUUGGCAGAUGGGAUGAUAGCUACGGCAGUAUAUCCCUAGCCCUCGACUCACUGCCAUGUGUCAAGAAGUCAGCCGUGCAGAUCAUACUCAUCACAGACCAAGAGAGACCGAACCUGGCUGACGCACCCAGCGUCAAGCAGAUGAUCCAGAAACUCGCGGAGCACAACGUGAUCGUAAACACGCUCGUUCGCUAUCCAAUAGCAGCUUCAAGCACCCACCGCGCCCUGGGAAUGGAAAGUGAUGGGUCAGUAAUACUGCCGUCGCGUCAGCGGAGGAUAAACAAUGCGUCUCUUAGCGACACAGUGUCACGCCGGCGCAUAUUCCAGGAUUACGUAAUGCUGGCACGACUAUCUGGUGGCAGUGUGUUCGACUUGGACAUGUUGGGAGUGGAGUCCCUUGCCGAUGUAGCUCGCAAGGACAUCCUGGUUAUGGAUAUAGCUGGCAGAACUGUACAGCAGCUGACAAGUACAUGUAGUCAGUGCAGCUGUGAUAACAGUACUGUGCAAUGCAUCCCAGUCAGUUCUACCGUACGACUGUACUGCGAACAGCCUGUUGAGAGUGCAAGCGUCAGAGCUACCGUUGUGCCAGGCCAGGCAUUACUGGCAAGGGGUUCGCAAAUCGAGCUGCACUGCGUGACGCAUGGCGUAGCACCCAUACUGGUGACGUGGCAGCCGCACUCACUCAACGCCGUAGCCAGCAGAAACGGUUCUCUAAUGCUCUACGACUUUCAGCGUCGAGACAUUGGCAAGUACGUUUGUAUGGCUCGGGGAAGUCAGGGCUAUGCUACCUCGACUGCUGAGCUUGAGAUGGAUCUUCUGUGUGAACAGCCACUAAUACCAGCCGCCGGUUACCUCCAACCGUCAUCGCGACGCUACAGCAUCGGCAGCUCCGUGGACGUGUACUGCAACUACGGCCACGCCCGCGUUGGUUACAAGAGACUGCGCUGCCAACCCAACGGACAGUGGUCGCUGCCAAGCCCCAAAUGCGAACCCGUGGCGUGCUCUCGGCCGAGCGCCUUCCCAAACGGCCGCAUCCGCGGCAAAGUGUACACGUACGGCAUGAGCAUACGGUACGAAUGUGAUGACGGCUAUCGGCUGGCUGGCGUGUCCGAGCGGCGGUGCACGGCCAUGGGAAUCUGGACCCAUGCCACGCCGCGCUGCCGAGAAAUUGACUGUGGGCAACCAGAAGACAUUGUGAAUGGCAGAACAGACUCCAGUGACGGCACGGUGUUCCAGAGAAUAAGCCGCUACUACUGCAACGGCAAUGCUGUACUGCUCGGCUCACGGUCACGUGUGUGUCAGAAGAAUGGCCUGUGGUCUGGCGCACAGCCUGUAUGUGUGGAUUUCUCAGAUUUGACUGCGCUAAACGCAGCAUCACGACAGAGUGCAAGCUCACUCAGCCUGGAUCAAUAUGUGGAGGUUAUUACAACACGUGGAAUCAAGGUAAGAAACGGAUAUCAUGCGUCGUACAUGUACGAGGUCAUUCUCUCUAUGCUUUCAAUGUCACACUGGUUGAACUACACAUCGGACCACAGAUCAUCCCUAGAUGUACAGGCAAACAUGCUAUACACUAACUUAUCCAUUGUGCGUGUCCGCCUUGCAGGGAGAGCAAGGACCUCGGGGUGUGUCGGGACCCGUGGGGCUGCAAGGAGUGGCGGGUCCUCCAGGUAACUGCUCACACUGUACGACCACCUCAAGCACGACGGGCAGCAGCAGCAUGAACAAUGUCUCGGUAAGACCAUGCAUUCAGAAUCACAACCAUGCAACAGGACCGCGUACAGAAACACACAAACACGAAAUUACAAGAUUUUAAGUACCACCUUCAUGUCACUUUUAUUUUUACCAUAAGAGUCACAAUGAAGGGUAGAUGCGGCUAUCCCGGAUGCCAAACACUAGGCCAGUCAGUCUUGUAGAAGACAGGCAUUAUGAGCACAGUCAUUCUAGUAAGUUACUUAUCCGUUUGAGAACACCAGCACUUUAGAGAUACACGUGGAGCUCCAGGUCUGCACACCACGCUACACUCUUUAGCGAACUUAGAGAGAGAAGGGGGAGAACAUCCACACCAUGAAGUUAUUCCGUAGCGAAACUUUCCCCCAGUCACGAUCCAAACUAUCGUCACCAGACCAUCACCACCACCAUAAGCACCAAUCCUCAACCCCACUAGCUCAAGAUAGUCAGAGCAUUAGUAGAGAAGCAAUAGAGAGACGAGCGACUUUAGUGCGGGGGAAUUUCGGACACCUGGA